AUGGAGCAGUACGUGGAGGAUCCGCGUGCCACUAAUGCUUCUGAAAGUGAAGUUCAUGAUGAAGCCAGUUUAGGUGGAAAUGAAACCCUGGAACAAGAUGCCCAGGUACCCAUCAUUACGUGUGACGGUGCGGCAGAUGCGUCUUCAGAGAGGCCCAUUGACGAACAAAAGAAGCGACGUAGUGUACGGCAACUUAAAGAUUUAAUGAUACAAGAAACAAUCUUGUUUAUGGACUAUCGAAGAUUAAGGCGAAGAUUCAAUGGCAUUAGGCAACCAUUGUCUUACAAAAAGGUACCAGAAUAG